GUGCACAACACAAAACAACGGCUUGAUCAAUGUAAAAAAUAUAACGUUUUAUUCGAUAUGAGUUCUACGUUGAGUAAUGUAGCAAUGCGUAUUGUUCCAACUGAGACUGAAUGCUUGAUUUGCAGUCAUCAUCACAUACACAUACCUAACGAAGGUCUUGAGCCUACCCCUAUAUUAGGGAUGAGUAGUCCUAACAUAAUUACGCCGACCCAGUGCGAAUUUGAUGACUUAGAUGGUUAAUAUUUUCUUUUUGUUAACGUUACGUUUCAGUUCCUCAUGCUAUUUUCAUCAGCGUUGGGGGGUAACGGUGAUGUGUCGUCAUUUCAACUGUUGGCCCGACUAUCGUUUCCAACAGUUGAAACGAAACCGUACAACUUGCCGAGCGCAAAAGAGAUAGACCCGCGGCACAGUUACGCAGACGAGAAAUUCGAAAGGCUGCAAGAGUACUACAGCUACAUGAACAGCCGCAUCAAGGAGCCGCACAACCCGAUAGAGCGACGUGAGAUUCUGGAGACGGCUCAGAAAAGACUGUUUACUUUUAUAGACACGCACAUAAAGGAUUUAAAGCGAUUGCUCUUCGAGACUGACAUGGCGCUAAUGUCUAUGGUACUUUUAAAACUUAACAAGAAAAUGGACACGUCCGAAGCUAAAAUAAAAUCAACACAGGCUAAAAUACCUUUCGGAUUAUACGCCAGUCCAGAGUUCAAAUGUCUGGGAACAUCUUAUUACAUAGCUUCAGCGCACAACCAAGAGGAUGCACAAAUGAUAUUAUCAAGCGAAAGAAAACCGCAUUGCUAUACUUUUAGAGGUGCAUUUGCUUUCUCCGGUUUCUACCAUCGACAUUCAGAGACGACAUACGUGGGUCCCCACGCUGAGCAAUUCCAAGCCAAAGACCCCAGUCAGGGUCUGUAUUGUCAUUCUGAUGAUAACUGGAGUGACGCACAGUGCAUCUACAAAAUAAAUCCUCGCGAAGAGUUCCCUGAAUCAGUAGAGUAUGAACCUAAGGUGUCGUACUGGUGUGGACCGUAUCGCUACUUCUUGCCAGCCACCACAGACGUCCGUUGCAUCUUCUCAAUAUUCUCUAUGAAUUUUAUACUCCGCUUCGGAUAUGAUGGCGUCAGUUAUAAGAGCUCCGAUCUAUCUUUCAUGUACCAGAACGGGCAAGUUUUCUACACGGACGAGCCAUGGGCGGGCAUGUCGUGCUGGAACUGGGCCUGCAAAUGGCGUCACAACCAGAAUCAACGCUCCAACGAAUUCUUUGUCAAUUAAAUAUAUCAAAAACAAUAUUUAUGUGUUUACUAGCUGUC